CUUCUCUAUUUUGUGUAGGUCGGAGAAACUUUUUUGUAAACAAUGGCAACCUCAGCGAAGUUAGCGAACCACGGGAGCAGCAGAGAAGGCGCGGCCAAAGCCUCCGUGGCCGAUCAGAUCUUUCAAACCGUUCAGUCCACCUCCAAUCUCCUUCACUUGAUGCAACAGACUUCUGCUUCUCAGGCCCAACUGAGAAAGCUUCCAAAGAACCUUUUGGCAAAAACCUCUAUAAUCAAGAAUACCGGGCAAGUGUUGGAGCAGAUGCCUCAUGUCAUUUCAUCCUUGGAUGCACAUAUGGAGAAUGGAUUACACAGAUUUGGAUGUAAGCUUCCGUGUAAUUAUUCUCAAGCACAAACCAUCCAGCGCAAUCUUCAUGCCAUUUGUUCCUUAUCUGCAACCAGUAGUCCAGUUACUUGCAAAUAUGGAAAGCUGCCAGCUUAAUUCUCUCUCUCAAGCUCGUCUUUCUCACGAGGAACAUGGCUUGGCAAAAUCUUCAGAGGUGCCUUAGCUGACUGAACUCCAAACCAACUUUGCCGAAGGCCUGAAAUAACAGAUUAAGAUAGAAGAAUGGUCAUGGGCAGGCCAUCAAAUUCUAACUCAGGAUGACCAACUUGUUAUAUAUAUAUAUAUUGCAACAUUGAUCUAUCCCUAGUCUCAGUGUAACAUUGAAUAUCACCUAAAAUCGUGUGGAUAUCAAGCAUAAGAAGAAGCUAGCAAUGUUCCAGUUCCUGAUAUUCUAGAACUCUGUGGCAGUGAUAUAUGUAACCAGGAGGAAUAUGUGCAAUAUUGACUUCUCCAAGCGUCUGAAACACGUUUACGGCUUGAAUAGGAAACGUGUUGCUUCA